CUUUUCUUUGUGUGUGUGUGUGUGUGUGUGUGUUGUUAAAGGGGUGGAAAGGACCUGGGGAAAUAAAAGUACAGGCACCAGCCCCUGCCAGCAGCAGAAGCUGCAGCCCCCAAGCAAAAGCAGAGCUUUGUGUUAAACCGGCUGGGGAAGUUGCUUUGCAAGAUCCCAACUUCCAUUCAUUGAGCCAGCAUCCAAAGGGGGCUCCGGUGCCGCUACUAUUACACCCCCCCAGGACUUGGUGAUUUCCAAACUUGGCCAACUUUUUCUCGAUCGCAUUUUUCCCCCCUUUUAUUUUUCUCUCCCCACAAGGACAUUGAUCGGUUUGAGACGAACACAAACGUACCUCUCGCCUCCCUCUGGCCCUCCCCUGCUUUCCCCCGCCGGGAAGAAGUUUAUACAGCAGCCACACCACCGCCUAAACAAAGUCUGUCCACCAGCGACCGCCUCCUGCGAGCCCAGCCCGGGCAGCGCGCGCCCCUGCCGCUCCAGCGCCUGGAUUGCCGCUUGGGGACCGGGUUUGCUUCCCCCCCAGAUCAUGCAGAACUACAAGUACGACAAAGCGAUCGCUCCGGAGAGCAAGAACGGGGGCAGUCCUGCCCUGAACAACAACCCGGCCAAGAGCAGCAGCAAGAAAGGGCUGCUCGUCUGCCUGGAUCUUCUCUGCCUUUUCAUGGCUGGUCUGCCCUUUCUGAUCAUUGAAACCAGCACAAUCCAGCCAUACCAAAGGGGGUUUUACUGCAACGACGAGAGUAUCAAGUACCCUUUGAAAACGGGCGAGACGAUUAACGACGCUGUGCUGUGUGCUGCAGGGAUUCUCAUUGCCAUCCUUGCUAUCAUAACAGGGGAGUUCUACCGGAUUCACUACUUAAAGGAGAAGUCUCGGUCCUUCAUCCAGAACCCAUAUGUGGCAGCUCUCUACAAACAAGUGGGCUGUUUUGCCUUUGGCUGUGCCAUCAGCCAGUCCUUCACAGACAUUGCCAAAGUGUCCGUCGGACGCUUGCGACCUCAUUUCCUGGACGUUUGUAAUCCAGACUUUUCAGCAAUCGACUGCUCUAAAGGCUACAUUCAAAACUACACCUGUAGGGGAAAUGACAGCAGAGUCCAGGAAGCCAGGAAAUCCUUCUUCUCUGGUCACGCCUCCUUCUCGCUCUAUACCAUGCUUUAUUUGGUGUUAUAUCUGCAGGCCAGAUUCACAUGGAGAGGAGCCCGUCUGCUACGUCCCCUUCUGCAGUUUACCCUGAUCAUGAUGGCAUUUUACACAGGAUUGUCCCGUGUGUCUGACCACAAGCAUCACCCUACAGAUGUGCUGGCAGGAUUUGCACAAGGAGCCCUGGUGGCUUACUGCAUUGUGUUUUAUGUGUCAGACCUCUUCAAACCCAAGAUGAGGACCUCCCUGCCUCCUCCUCCAAUCCGGAAAGAUAUCCUUUCACCUGUGGACAUCAUUGAACGGAACAAUCACCACAAUAUGGUGUAGACCUUUGCAACCCUCCUCCCUCAACAAUCCCCCCCCCCCUUUUUUUUUUUUUUUGCAAAAAUGACUGCUGACAGCAACUACCUGCUGCUCUCAAAUCUCAUCAGACAGUAGAAUGUAGGGAGAGACUUUCUUGCCCAACUAAUAAGGUCUUACUCUCUGGCCUUUUCACUUGCAACAUUUGCAUGAAAUGGGUAUUGUUCAACUAAGUCAAAAGCAACAAUGAGAAAAACAAACAAACAAACAAACAAACAGCGUUGCCGGAAUUCUGGAUGUGCAAUUGGUUGAGUGUUCAUGUUGUAGUGAACUCAAAUUGUUCAUAGCAUAAUGAACACUAAACGAUUAUGUAAAGCCGGCCAUCUUAGCUUUUACUAGGAAGAUUUCCAAUGCCUGUAAGAAAAACUCACAACUAAAUUAUAUAGCACUAUAUACAAGAAACAGCACUGAUUCAAGAUUUGGGAUUGGUUUCUAAGUGUCACCGCUCUUUUCCCCUCCCCCCUUCUUUUUAACAUUGCUUUGUUUGACUCCGUUCCAUACUGUGAUGUUGGUUCAGAAGAAGCUUGCCCGGUCAAAAAUGUCAGAAGGGUGCCUGGUCAUACUACACAAAACUUAAAAAAAAAACCAACAAUCUAAGGUGGUUCCACAACAAAUUGUGCAUGAAUGAAUCCGUUAUCCACUUAGAAGCCAAAUCUCUUCAUUUCCACUGCGUACCUGGUAACAUUAGUACUGUACGAGGCAUCAAGCCUACACAAAAUUGACAAAUGGCCUAAUUUUAAAAAAGGCUCUCUUCACUACUCCUGGCCCUGAUAAAUUGCAGAAGGAUUUUCUGUGCUAUCACCGCCGUCUUUGGGAGUUCACGUCAUGUCAGUUGUUAGUGGUCAAUCUUGUUGAAGAUAUGUUAGCACUAUGAAUUUGGGAUUGAGUCCCAGGGAACAAUGAUUCUGCAGUUUUAGGACGGACUGCUGGGUGGAACGUCCUAGCCUGGAUUUCAAACAGUUUUGAACAUUCCCUCAUCUUCUCUGUUUAGGGUCCUGUUUAUAAGCCAUUCAAUAGACAUUAGGCCAAAUUCUGAUCUCAGUUACAUCGCUAGUGUAUCAAGAGUGUGUAAAAGAGAGCAGAAUUUGGCCUACUUCUCCUAGCUUUUUGGCUUUCUGAUGGAAGUUAAAGACAAAUAUUGAAGAUCUAUCUUAAAACUUUGAAAAAAAGCUAAAUUGAAAAGGGAUCAUGCAAACCACGUGGAAUGGCCAUUUGCACAUCUAUAUUACACAAUCCGUCCUAUCAUUUCAGCUAUAGCAAGCUAUGAUUUUUAUAUAUAAAUAUUAUAUAAAUAAUGUAUAAAACAUUAAAAAUUAACUAUGUAAAAUAUUAUUUCUGAAACAAUUUUUUAGAUAUAUCCACUAUGAUUAUAAACUGUGUCUUGACCUGUGUUAUUUACAUUUUGCUGCUUAAAAAAGCAUUGAAUUAAUUUUUUUUUGUAGUCAACUAAAAUAUUGUAGGUCUGUGGUAGCAAUAUUUUGAUGAAAAUAACUACAACUAGAGACAAUUGUAUAAAAAAAUCAUAUUAAAUUGUCUGUAUUUUUGUAAUGUUUCAUUUUGUAAAGAGAAGAAUAUUCAAAGACUUUUGUAGAAUACAAAAUUGAAGUUUGUAUCUGCGAAAUUAUUGCUGUAUAAAUGUGCUUUUUAAAUAAAAGCUCAUAACACAACUAAA